AUGCGGAGGACCAUUUUCACCGGGGGGAGGCUCGCUUCUCACUGGAAUACCUCGUCUCGGCCUGGGACCAAUGGUGGCAGCAACCCAAAACAACUCCACCGCAAUCCGAUCAGGCAUUCAAGUCGACCAUCGUCCGUCACACCUUGCUCACAAAUCCCCAUAUCGACAAUUGCUCCUUCUCCCCGGCGUCGCAACAUUAACAAACGCGAUGCUCGCCAAUUGUGUUCCAGUAAGCGCUGGAACAGUGAUCUAGCCGUGCCACGUCCUGCGUCGAGGGAGCAAGAAUACCGCAUCCCAUUACCCGAAUGGAGCUCUCUAGAAGAACAGGAAGAAUACCAACGGGGCUUUUUCCGAACCAUCGAAAACGGACAACCGAACCAAGUGAUGGAAGCCAUGGUUGACCCACGCUCGGUGGGGCUGGUAGGAGCUCUGGCCCCAACCACCUUCAUCGAGAUUCUACAUCUGCUCGCUCCAUCACAUUUCGUGGAGCCCUAUCGUGAUUUGCAUCACACUAUUCAUGGAUGGGGUGUUUUGAUGCAAGGACUCCAGCCGCUCGAGGAGAUCUUUGACGAGUUCACGAGGGCCUUACUCACGAUCAUGCAAUAUAGAGUUGCGGCCGGGUAUCCACCCCAACUAGCGGAAUACACCCACCUCCUGGACUGUGCUCGCGCAAUGGGUAACGGGCCCUUGGCAGACGAGUUGUGGGAAGAAAUGAACACAAACAUUAUCGCCCCGGAUGUCAUUUGCUUCAAUCAUUACACUGGGGCAAAAGUCUGGGACCACUGCUAUGUGGGAAAGGAAUCAUACAAUCUUCGAGUUCUCCCCUACAGUUACAAGAAACGGCGCAUGACGAACCCGAGUCCUGGGUGGCGUGGCUUUGGAACCGCGGCAAACAGUGUCAGACGAGUUGUGCUGGAUGUGUUUAGUGAGAUGAGCCAGAAUGGUCUCAGUGGGGACGAACAGACAUACAUCAACGUUCUCCUUGCGUCAGCACGUGUUGGGGAUAUGACAGCGACGAAGAAUAUUCUCGUCACCGUGUGGAAUGUGGACGUGGAUGCAAUUGUUGCCGCUAGCGAUCACUCUUCACUGCCACCUGUCACACCAUACGAUACCUGGUCUGGACUGUACCCAACGGACCGUCUUCUCUUUGCCGUCGCCCAUGCCUUUGGAACCGGUAAUAAUUUCCAAGCUGCCAUGAAGACUGUCGACUUUAUAGCUUCGUCAUACAAAAUCCCUAUCACAGACCAGGUGUGGACUGAGCUAUUUGAGCGAGCAUACACUCUCUCAAAAGAGCACAAACGCAGACAGGCACAAGAUGGACGAACCGGUAAAGUCUCCCGGGAAACGGUUCACGGGAUGUUCAAGACGAUGACGGAGGAGCCUCAUAGCGUCUCUCCAACUCUCCAAAUGUAUCGUUUUACAACCCAGACUCACAUCAUGGAUGGUGCUUUGGAGCAAUGCAAAGAGGACAUGCGCAAGGCAUAUGAUAUCCUCAGUGAGACGAGGACAAGAAGAAAACAAGCACGAGAUACAGUCAUGCGCUGUUUGCAGCCAGUGCUUGAAAGUAUGAAGGCACCGCCAAGUGAAAACAAACUUACGCCGAGCCGCCGAGUGAAAUACCAGCGGGAUAAUUGCUUUGAGCCAGACGAAACCUUGUUCCAGUGCCCACUUCUAGCCGAAGCCAUUCAUACAUAUGACCUGCUUCGACUGGAGGUGUUCCAGCAAAUAUACCUGAUGCAACGUAUUGCUUACGCGGUUGUCAAAAGGAAAUUCUGGAAAGACACACCGGACAAGGUCUGGGAACAGCAAGAACGGCCCAAGUUACAAGAAGAAUGGAAAGACUUUCUCCCGGAGCACAACAUCUACGAGAGUACUCGAUCCUACAGAGAGCACGAGAGUGGAACAGUCGAGUUCCGAGGCCGAACAAACUCCCACAGCCGGUAUAUGAGCCAGCAUGGCCGGAUCCAUGCGCGGCGCCUACCAGACCAAGCCGAGCUGUUCCAGCCCAUUGAAGAAAAGGUCCUCGACGAUAGGAUAUUCUGGGAAUUCUUACUUCUUGACUAUCCAAAGCUUGAUCCUUCCAUCUCGCCCCUCAACCGCCUAUAUACUUUCCAGCUCGAACACACCACAGAGUUGAAAGAGAAGCUCAACAAGUUAUCGACUCGAGUUGAAUAUCCCGAGGAGCACCGACUUUCGGACAAGAAUAAUCCUGGUGGCGGGUUCUAUGGUCGAAUUCAUGCACUUGAGUUGGAUGUGGAUCCUCGCCGCUCCAUUUACUGGAGGAAUGGCAAUCCUUGGAACGUAUGA